UCAAAUAUUAAAAAUUUAAAAUAAAAUUAAAAUCUUUAAACAAAAUACUUAAAAAAAACUCAAAAUACAGUAAAAUCUUUUAAUUGAAGAGUUUUAUUUGUUACUUUAAUGGAAGAAGCGCCACUAGACUCGGCUAAGCAGUUUAAAAAUGAUUUGAUGUAUUCUGGAUGGACAGCACCUAUUUAUGAACAACCACAACCAUUUCCCAUGUUUUUGCCUGGACAAGAAACGGAUGUUACUCAAGCAGAGCUGGUUUAUCCGCCAUUUGCCAAGGCAGGACAAACAAACACAAAGUAUAUGCAGAUGCAUAGACUCUUGCCUGGUUAUGGCACACAAUCUUUUUCAGGACCUGUUGAAUCAGCCUAUGUACCAUCUUCAACCAAUAUACAAACCAGUGGAUCAAUAAAUACAUUACCAGCAAUCAAUAUGCCCAUCAAUAAUGUAAUUAGUGGCCCAAUCAACACACCAAUUAAUUCAAUAACCUCAUUUCAGCCAGCACCUUCAACCAUUACAUCACCACAAAUGUCAACGCAAUCUUUAUCAGUUUCUUCUACACUAAUUCAACCUUCAUUUUAUUCACCGUCAACUUGUUCUCCAUCAAUUUCAAUUCAGCAAGGUAUAUCAGGAACCCAAACAUUAUCUGGACGAGUAGGUCCUAUUGUACAGACAAAACCUAGCACCAUAGAUAGUCUUAUGGCGUCACUGAUAGAGUUUAUGAAUAAAAGAGGUAUAUCUAUUAAUGCGCAUCCAUAUAUUGGUGAUCAACAAAUCAAUCUUGCUGUACUUUAUAUUCAAGUUAUGCGUUUAGGAGGUUCUCACAAAGUAACACAAGCAAAUGCAUGGGGAAGUAUUGCGCAGGCAUUUGGAAUUAAUUUAACUUUAAUACCAAAUGCUGGUCAACAGCUUUCGGAAUGCUAUAAAAAUUAUCUUGCAGCAUAUGAAGAAGCAUGGAUAUAUAAUCAACAACUAUUAAUGAAACAACAGGCUAUUUCAAAUAAAUACAAACAUGGAAUAGUUCAAGAGAAAAAUGAAGAAAAAAAUACUAGUUAUAAUACAACAAACAAGGCUUUACUUCAUUUUCAAACACAACAUGUUUUACCAUCAAAAUCCACAUCACAACCAAUAUCACAACCAAUAUCACACCCAGUAUCACAGCCAGUAUCGCAAUCAGUAUCACAACCAGUAUCACAACCAAUAUCUCUAGUGCCUCAAUCAAUACCACAAUCGAUAUCUAUACCUAUUGCAGACAAUUCAGUUCCAUCUAAUUCUCAUCCAACUAUUUUGUCAUCACAGUCAACAUUUACACAGCAGUAUAAGCCAAAAAAACGAAUAGUUGAUACAUAUGGGGGAUUUGACAUGGAAUUAAUAACACGAAUGAGCAAUGAUCUUGAAAAUCUUAGAUACAGACCACCCGCUUUACACGAAUUAGGUACUAUUAAUAUAUAUGCUUUAAUAAUGAGUAUUCAAUCAAGAUUACAUUCAGAAGUUAAUCGAGCACUUGAUGUUCUCACUAUUAUUACGGGGGAUAAAAGAUGGUGUUUACCAUUACUGGAAUGUGAUGAAUUAUUGGACAGCAUUAUAGAAAUAGCAGAUGAAGAAUACCAAUUAUUGAUACCAGAUGUAAAAAAUGCAGAUGAAACAAUUUCAAUAUCAUCUUAUGAACAAAUGGUGGAUUUAUAUUAUGAUGAAAUAGAUGAUUUAACGAUUAAUUAUCGGCCAGGCAGCCAAGGUUAUGGAAGGUUUAGAUCAAUGGAGAAAAUUUUAUGUAUUACAACAAUUUUAAGAAAUUUAACUUUUGCAGAAGAGAAUCAAAAUGUUAUGGCAAAAAACAAUGCAUUGCUCAUCUUAAUAGAACAUUUAAUCAUAUUAAUAUCGAAAACAAAUAUUCUUGAAAUAUCAUAUCGUCAACGGCUAGAUUUAGCAAAAGAUUUAAUCAUUCUUCUUUCAAAUAUUUCUCAGGAUAUUCUUAUAGAUAAUGAAUCUACCGCAAUAGCAAUAAUUCGUUUAAUCACAGCAUUUUCCCCAGAUUCAAACAUUUGCUUAAAUCCUGAUAAAAUUAUUUUUACACCAUACAAUCCAACACUACAUCCAUAUCUUCCAGCUGCAAUCGAUACGCUAGCAAAACUUUUCGCAAGAAGUUUUCCAAACCGACAUACUUUUGCCAAGAUCAUGAUUUUUUUAUCUUCGAAACAAUGCCUUAGGGAUAACAUUUUUAUCCGAGCACUCAUGCUUUGUAUAUCACCGAUACCUAUUUCUACUUUAACUCAUCCAAUUCAUACAUGCGAAGUACGACUCGCUUUACUUGAACAUUGCACGCUUGCUGCAGAGACAAUUAUCAAUAUUUUUCCAAAAGAGGAUAAUCUCGCUCAUUCCAUAUUAUCAUCUGAUGAUAGUUUUCUUGAUAGCUUUGUAAAACUUGCAUGUCUACUUAGUUCUAUUGGAGGUGGCCAACUACCAAAUCAAAUCCAUAAUAUCGAAUCAAACCCAUUUUCUCGUUUUGCUAGGCGAACAAUGAACAUUUUGCGUAUUUUGAUCGAAAAAGCCAAGGAAGAAAAACCGCCUAAUGAACCUCGUCAUAUAUUUUCUACAACAUCAAAAAAAGAACAACUUUUAGGGAGUCUUCUUACACCACAUAUGGAUGGUAUGAUUAUAAAAGAUUUAUGGUCUUUAGUAGAAGGGAAUUGUGCAGAGGAAACACAAUAA